AUGACGAAACUCAUGCUGUUGUUUUUUGCACUACAUGACACGACAGAUGGAGCUCACAAUGGCGUUGCGGAGAAACCAAAGGUGAAAGGCAAAGGCAAACCCGGGCCUAUCUCCAAAUACACCCGUGGCCAGGCUAAUGUGACCAAGAAUGUAAAAGAUAAGAAGCUGAAAGGGUACUUGAAGAGAAACGAGAAAGAUGCGAGGGCGGCGGCCGCGAAGGCUGCAAAAUGGGAGAUUCUACUGCCCGAGCAACAAGGUUUCUUGGAAGCAGAGGGCAUGGAGAAAACGUAUCAAUUCACACAGAAAGCCAUUGUGAAAGAAGUAGAUCUGCAAACACAAACGAAGCAAUUCAACUUGACACUUGAGAAUGCAGCGCCAUACAAAGUAGACUAUGAUCGGACGGGUCGUUAUCUUCUGAUUGGGGGAAGGAAGGGGCACGUCGCCACUUUCGACUGGAGAAUUGGCAGUUUAGGAUUUGAAAUCAACCUCAAUGAGACGGUCCGUGACGUGCAAUGGCUACACAAUGAAACCAUGAUGGCAGUCGCACAGAAAAAAUACGUCUACAUCUACGACCGAACCGGUGCGGAGAUGCACUGUCUGCGAAAUCACAUAGAGGCUGAGAGGCUCACAUACUUGCCCUACCACUUUCUGUUGGCGAGUGUGGGCAAGGCUGGGUACCUGAAGUACCAGGAUACGUCAACCGGCAAGCUUAUAAGCGAGCACAGAACGAAGCUGGGCGCGUGCAAUGUGCUGACUCAGAAUAGCUACAAUGCCGUGGUAUUAACGGGACAUCAUAACGGGACAGUGGAGAUGUGGACACCCAAUAUGAGCACGCCCGUGGUUAAAAUGCUAUGUCACAAAGGACCGGUGAGCGCAGUGGCUGUUGAUCGACUUGGAAGAUAUGUAACCACCGCUGGUCUGGACGGUCAAAUGAAGGUCUGGGACGUGCGCACCUACAAACACAUACACUCGUACUUCACUCACACACCAGCCAACUCGCUGCACAUAUCUCAAAGCGGUUUGCUGGGAGUGGGCUUCGGUUCGCAUGUGCAAGUGUGGAAGGAUGCAUUCCAGACGAAACAGGCCGUUCCAUACAUGCAACACGAGCUAAAGGGUCCCGUUGUCGACGAUAUCACCUUUGUGCCGUACGAGGAUGUGCUGGGUGUGGGUCACAGUAAAGGCAUCAGCAGUUUGUUGGUGCCAGGCGCCGGUGACGCGAACUUUGACGCGCUUGAGAUCAAUCCGUACGCCAAUAAGAAACAGAGACAAGAGGGCGAGGUGCGUAGUCUUCUGGAGAAGAUUCCGAGCAAGCUCAUUACCCUGGAUCCAAAUAGUGUGGGCAGGAUGGACCGGGGAACUGUUGAGACGAUAGCAUUGGAGCGCAAGAAGCAGUUCGAGGCGAAUAAUCCAACUAAGAAAUUCGAACCCAAGCACAAAAUGCGUGGCAAGAGUUCGUCACAAAGAAGGGUGUUACGGAAACAACUGAAUGUAAUCGAUGAGAGGAAAACGCAGCUAAGGGAGCGUUUGGAGAAAGAGAAGCAGGAACGGAAAAGAAAGCGCGAGGGCCAUACCGGGCCAGCUCCUGAGGAGACUAGGUCGCCACUGGAUAGGUUUAAUUAGAAGUGAAAAGGGUCCGUACGCGGGGGCUAGUACGUUCUGUGCUGUACUUUCUGUCAUCAAAUCAAAAUAAAUAUAGUAGAUGUAUUUCGCAUA